CAAUCUUCAACCACCAUGCUUUUACACCAAGACAACAAUGAUGGUUUGGAAUUAGAAGAGGCCCAAUCUCGAGGCAUGAAAGAAGACCUCUCCAAAGUCAAGCAAACCCUAACUCGCCAACUUUGGGGCGUGGCUUCGUUCCUAGCUCCUCCUCCUCCUCCUUCUUCUUCGCAAUCGCAACCUUCCAGUCCCUCCGCUCAUUCUGAUCUCCGCCAACUCCGCUUCGAUGAUAGUGCGGAGAUUUUGACAAAGAUGAACGCCGACUCGUUCGGAUCGAAGAUGGAAUUGGAAUCGGAUUUGGAGGAGCAUGGUUUUAGUGGCGUUGGGAUCAUCGAUGAGGUUCUGGCUUUUGCGAGGAAUAUCAGGACGCAUCCAGAGACAUGAUUGGAGUUUCCGAUUGAUGAAGAAGAAGACAUAGACUAUAUGUGCGU